GAGAUUGUUUUAGUUUUAGUUUUCUUCCCCGCGAUUCUUCUGUGUGUUCGCGUUCUUCUGGCCUGCCAUUGCCAUUGUUUCUGCUUCUGCUUCUGUUUCUGCUGAAUUUCGUAUCGUAGCGUAUCGCUGAGCGAGAAAUCAGUUUGACGUUUUGCUUUGACAAGCAGCCGUCGUCGAUCGGGGAUCGUGAAUUGCGGAUUGCGGAUCGCGACGCGGAUUGCGGCUGAAUCUCGUGAAUCUAAAUCUUGGGCGUUCCUCUCUCGCCGCCGGCCGCCCCGAGCAGAGUUCCGAAUUCUGUAGGAGUAUACCACCCAAGAGCACUCGUUGCACCACCCGCUGACCGCCGAAAAUUCGGUUAUCUCCGCGGCCGCAAUAAUCGACAAUCAUAUUCCCGAUUUGAGAUCAAUAUACAAGUGAGUCUAGAGUCUGAUAUAAAUAUUAAAAUAAGAAUAAGAAGCAGCGCAUAGACGGCUACGUCCACGAGCAACAGGCGGCCAAGCAACAACUACCAGCUGAACGACAAAUUUUUGGUUUCGUUCCCCAGAUCAUGUGACCAGUAUCUCCGCUGGCCAUCAGUCAAUCAAUCAGCAGACCGCAGCCCAAAAAUGUUUCAAUUAUGUUAUCGCCAGCCACAACGACAUCGUCCAGAAUCGAAAGCAUCGAACCAGAGCAGCAGCAACCACAUGAAGGCAGCACCACUGGCCAGAACGAAGGAGUAAGCCGCGCACUCCCGCAGAGGCCAAAUCCGGAUCCGGAUCCGGAACCCACAGCAAAACCGAAAUCACAAGGCAACCAAGAGCAAUUUAGCAUAGCAACCGCAACGCAAUCAGCCGGGCCAGGAUCAGAAGCAGGACUUCUUAGCCAUGGGCUGUUCACCGAGCACUCUGCCCCCCGCCCCCUCCGCUGGUCAGACCGGCGAACGAGGAUCCCUGCCGCUGGACGCCUCUGAAAAGGACGAGAGCCGCCUGUUCUGCAUCAAACUGCGCCGCAGCCGCCUGCGCCGCUGCAGCUGUGGGGGCGUGACCUUGCAGCCACCCAGCGACGGGAAUGGCAGCACGGCCGGGGACAACCUGUGCGGCCAGGUGCUCCUCAAUCCGCUGCAGACCAAGAGCGAGGCCGACUACGAAAAGCUGAGCACCGGCAAAAAGGACUCCAUUGUGACGGUGGCCGCCCUGGGCAACUUCACCCACAGCGUGGUGCGACGGGCCACUGGAAGCACAGGCACAUCGGGCACCAGCUCAUCCGGCGGGAACAGCCGUCCAGGCCACCGCAAGUCAUCACUAGCCCUCGCCCUCACCCCGGAGGAUGAGCCGAUGGACGUCUACCAGCGCAAUCUCAUGGACCUGAAGUAUCCAACCGUGCUACCACCGAAUCCCCCACUUAAGGCCCUCCUGGUUUUCCACAAGUCGGACAGCAUCUGCGAGGCGAUCACCGCGGCCUGCCAGCGCCACCAGCUGGACGUCACGCUGGUCAAGUCCAAGGAGGAGGCCCUGGACACCCUGCAGAAGUCGUACGCCACCGCCCAGUGCUACCACCUAAUCAUAAUUGAUGCGCGCUCCUCCAAGAACCUGGAUGCGGAGCACAUUGCGAGAACCAUUCGUCACACACACGGCCACCAUUUAACGACAAUAAUUGCAGUCUGCAAGAAGAGUUUCUUCGAAAAGGAUGAUGUGCUAAUUGCUCUAUUGGACGCUGGCGUUAAUAGAUGCGUAGCGGAGACGACCAACCUGGCCAUGUGCAGUGUGGAACUGAAGCAGAUACUGCACUCCAUCAUCCGGCCGCACAACGUCAUGUCCACUCAACAGGCCCUCUACACGGCUCUGCACCGGCUAAAGGAGGUGGUGCUCAUCACGGACGACUUGCUGCGGAUUCAGUACGCGAACCGUGCCACCGAGAGGCUGCUCAACAUGCGGCUGGACGAGAUCAUUAGCAAGCAGCUGGAGGACAUAUUUGUGUCGGACCUCUCCACCAUCAGCGAGCAGUGCAAGAGCAUCAAGGAGUUCGACGGCAUCCUGACGGUGCGUCGCAAGAGCCAGGAGGGCAUACCCAUGCACGUGCGCGUCGUGCCGGUGGCCUGCAUAGGCAGCGCCCCCACGCACCUGAUUUUCAACUUCGAUGUGCCCGGCGGGCAGAUGGACUUUAUAGCCACGCUGCCGCAGCCCAAAGAGGCGCCUCGGGGCUCCCUGCACUCGGUGCGGCGCUGCAGCUUUGAUGUCCGCUCCAUCGCCUCGGACGGAUUGCGGAGAACGAGCUUGGCCAAGCUGACGUCGCUGCCACUGGAGGCACCCAUCACUAAAAUAAUCAAUUUACUAUCACAAGUACAGGAGAAUUGUUCGGCCGAUGAGGCGCGUCUCAUAGACAAGGUCUUGGAGUUCCUGAAGCGCGAGGGACUCUACAGUCCGCAAAUGAAGGAGAUACGAACGGACGAUCCCAUAGCCACCGAUCUAAUCGGUGCCUUGCUCACGGGUCCCAGCGUGUACUCAUCGCGCCGCAGCUCGAAUGACUCCAUCAUACGCACGGGCAGCUCCACGAGAACUGCCGCGAUUGUGCCCGCCAAAAUGAAGUCCAAUCCCAUCAUCAUGGAACUACUUGACGAAUCUCUCAGCUGGGACUUUGAUAUUUUCAAACUGGAGGAGAUCACCGACUACCACCCGCUGCUCUACCUGGGCAUGGAGAUGUUCCGCCGCUUCGACGUCUUUGCCACCCUGAACAUCGAUGAGAACGUGUGCAAGGCCUGGCUGGCAGUGAUUGAAGCCCACUACCGCAAGAGCAACACAUAUCACAACAGCACCCAUGCCGCGGAUGUGAUGCAGGCCACUGGCGCUUUCAUCACCCAACUGGCCAACAAGGAUAUGCUGGUGAUGGAUCGCAUGGAGGAGGCGACUGCUCUGAUCGCCGCCGCCGCCCACGACGUGGAUCAUCCUGGUCGCUCAUCCGCCUUCCUGUGCAACUCGAACGACGCCCUGGCCGUACUGUACAAUGAUCUGACCGUGCUGGAGAACCAUCACGCAGCAAUCACCUUUAAGCUAACGCUGGGCGACGAUAAGAUCAACAUUUUCAAGAACCUGGACAAGGAGACGUACAAGUCGGCCCGCAGCACCAUCAUCGACAUGAUCCUGGCCACCGAGAUGACCCGCCACUUUGAGCACCUGGCCAAGUUCGUGAGCGUCUUUGGCGGCGAGGAGCCGCGUGAUCACAACCCCCAGACGGACGAGGAGACGUCCAUACUCAUGCGCCGCAUGCUGAUCAAGGUGGCCGAUGUGAGCAAUCCCGCCAGGCCGAUGCAGUUCUGCAUCGAGUGGGCGCGCCGCAUAGCCGAGGAGUACUUCAUGCAGACGGACGAGGAGAAGCAGCGUCACCUGCCCAUCGUGAUGCCGAUGUUCGAUCGGGCCACCUGCAGCAUACCAAAGAGCCAGAUCGGCUUCAUCGAAUACAUCAUACAGGACAUGAUGCACGCCUGGGAGAGCUUCAUCGACAUGCCGCAGCUGAUCACCUACAUGCAGAUCAACUACUCGCAGUGGAAGAAGUACGACGAGCAGGGCGUCAACACGCUGGCGGAGAUCAUGGCCAAGCAGCCACCGGUGGGCAAGAUGGCCAACUCCAAAUAGCAUACGGCCUUCCGGAGAUUGUUCUCGGGUCUACUGAAGCCACUGCCGGCCCAGGCGCCUGGUACCUCCACGAUUGGCGAGAACGAGAUGGAGGACGUGCUCUAGUGACGGCGUCGAAGGUCCUGCGACGUCUGGCUCCGGACCCGCAGUCUCUCGGCCUAAUCCUCCCACUGAAGUCACUGAAGCUCAUCAUCACGGCUUGAAGCCCACCCGAGUUCACCCGAGUACACCCGAGUCCACCCGCUCCCUGGACUGCCCCACACUUAUCUCUGAACGGACCAACGGACUGGGGGCGGGGUCACGGAGUGGGCGGCUGGCUUAGGAAGUGCUGCCCUGAGCGGUGUCACAAAUGCGGUAUCAUGCAAAGCAAAACUAACUAAGGCAAACAAGUAAACAAUUAUUGGGCUGGACUCAAAAUUAAAUGUUUAAGAUGCAUCACAA